CGGCUCUCUUCCUCAAACUACUGCGUACCGUCCAUUCAACGAUUCAUUCAGCUAUUGUCACUGCGAGGGGCAUUUUACCAGGCAUUUAACUUCUACAACUCAGUAUAGGUUAUAUUAAGUCCAUAUUUACACCGUUAUUAGACUUAAUCUAGUUCUUAGUCUAGAUCAAUUAAUUUUUUUACCUUAUUUCUGGGCUGUGUAUUUUAGGAUUUGGAUUAUGAUUUUAAGGCUCAUCAGUUCUGAAAAAUCUUCUAUGGAAAAACAACGAAAACUGAUUAUACCUGGCACAAAGUUUAGCCAGAGAGGUGCCUACGUUUCUUUUCUAAACUGCUCCAUUAAAGAUUUUAGAGAAGCGUCUCGUCCUGUUAACGUAAGCAGCUCAUCAAUCCAUCUAUUCAUCGAAAAGAAAAUUGGAAAAUGGUUGGAUUUGGACCCGCUGAUGUGCCUCCAUCAGUAGCUGUGAAGUUUGUGGGAGCAGGAGCUGCAGGCUGCGUUGCUGACCUGAUCACCUUUCCCCUGGACACAGCCAAAGUGCGGCUUCAGAUACAAGGCGAGGGCAUGGCUUCACAAGCUGCAGGGAGAGGGUCUGCACUGAAGUAUCGUGGAGUGUUUGGCACCAUCAUCACCAUGGUGCGUACAGAGGGGCCCAGGAGCCUCUAUAGUGGACUGGUGGCCGGACUCCAGAGGCAGAUGAGCUUUGCCUCGGUCCGCAUUGGUCUCUAUGACUCCGUCAAACAGUUCUACACCAAAGGCUCUGAUCUUUUUUUUUCUUGAGAUUCAC